AUGGACGCACAUUUCACAAAAACCGCAGCAUAAUUUUAUGUUGACUCACAACAUCAUUGCUGCGCGUUAUAUGUUGUUAUGCUCAAUCUCUUUCUGUUGGUGGCAGUUUUCUCUCUUUCUCUCUCUCUCUCGCUCGCACAGAGCGGAAUUGUACGCGUGUGUUGGUAAGGUUUCGAUCGAUCGAAACAGGAAACCAUAGCAAUGCGUCAACACACACUCCCACAGCAACCUAGCGAAAGAGUGAGCAGAGAGAAAGAAACACCGAAACAGCGUACAGUACGCACGUACACGCACUCGCGCGGGUGAUCGUGUCCCGCUUUGCUGUCCCGCUCUAGCCGCAGUGCACUUGCCGCGCGCGCGUUAAGGGUUGAAAAGGAGGACCAAAAAAAAAGCAGAUUUGUGCGUGUAUUGUAAUGCAUUAAUGCUUUGCUGAGAGUGUGAGCAUGAUCGCUAUGUUUCGCGAGAGCGUUGUGCGCCCACUCAGCUCAGGAAAUGGACUAACGGGGCACCAUAAGACGUACCAGCAGCAGCACAGACAGCAGCACAGUGCGAGCGUCUUCUGGCAGUCCAAGUGCUACGCCACCACCACACUUCUCACCAAGCGUCCGGUGUGUGUGGCAACGGUCUGCACCGUCUUGUAGACACAGUUGCUGGUGAGAUACGACAGUGCAGCUGCGAAUGCAAAUCAGCUUUAUACGGCCAACGGUGGAACGGUGACGUACGUCCGUGCGUACCUUGCAGGAUAUCCGAUCUGCGGAAGUAGGCAACACUUCGCCCACAACGUUUGCGAGUGGACCACAUGGUUCGGCCUGCGGGGGGCCACAGAAUUCAACGACCUUUUGACGUUGGGGCACGGUUUCGCUUCCGUCCGAGAAAAGUGCAUCACAAAGCGGGUGUGUUUGUGUUUGUGUGUUUAGUGGGAAAGUGUUAGUUGCUGCAAUCCUUUUCCCAAAAAAAAAAAUCCAAUUUAAUUUGGCGAUCAGUGCCAGAGAGGAUACAGCAAGUGUUGUGUGUUUUGGCAGAGUGUGUACAACAAGAUCCUCGAAAGAAUCAUUUGCGUGAAGAAGCUGUACAGAAGAAGGCGCUUUUAGUUUCGAGGAAAGAAAAAAGAGCAAAAAGAAAUAAGCCAAGUGUAACUGAAUUGUAUGUGGAAAAAAAGAAAGUAUCUCCAGCACAGCCAGUGUAAUGUUAUUCCUGUACAUUGCCUUUUUGCGGUGAAGCAUUUAAGUGAAUCGAGCUGAGACGCGGUUAUCGGUGCGUUCUGAUCUGACACACGAUCGUACGACGGUCCCGCGGUGCAAAGAGUGUGUGUUGGUGGCAGCGAGUGGCAGCGUACCAUUCUAAACCUUCCACACGGAACAGAUUGUGUGUGCGUGUGUGGUUGUGUUUGAUAAAGCGACCGAUUGCGUUAACGAUCUCGUCAUCUCGUCAGCGCAUCUUCAAGACGGCGAGGAAAAGGCCCUGCAGCCCUGCUGCAACAGUAGCGUGUAAACGACUCAAGCUGAUCGCAGACUAAAGAUCGCGGAACUACCUACCCAGCAGACUGCUCGUCGUACGCGAUGUACCACGGUGAAGGCACAGCUCGUAUGAAGCAGGAAGUGAUUGGAUCGGUACGUGGUACCAAUAUAGCACCAGCGUGCGAACCUGCCCGGUGCUAAGUUGGCAGCGCAGUCGAUGGAAGGGUAAACGAUCGUUAGUUCACUGCUGCUAACAUCUACCACCUACGAGCGGCACUAAAGUCGUUACCGUUUGCCGGCUUAAAAACAUGGAGGAAGCUGUAAAUCAUCUCGCAAAUUCACAAUCAACAGCCAAAACGAUGGCGGACGGUGUGAUCCCGGACUAUUGUACGCUUCCGCGACCACCGCGACCGGCCCAUCGGUUGGCAUCGGUGGCAGAGUACACCGAGCAGCGACAGCAAGUGCCUGAUCGGGAUACAACCAGUGGUCACUUCUACACGUUACGGCCAAAGCCGGCCAACAUGGGUGCCGUUGGUGGGCGUUUAAAUCCCACCGUUGGUAGCUUCCGGCGGGAACCAACUUUGGAGGAUCUUGCGGAAUCGAACCGAAGCUUACUGUACGAGCAGAACAUGAGCACGUUCGAGAAUUUUUGCGAGCGGCGUAACAGUGAGCAGCAGCUACAAACGCACCAAACAGAGGAGAAUGAUUGUAGGCAAGAGCUUGGUCCGGAAGGUUUGGGUAAUUUCUGUACGCUGCGCAAAGUGCGACGAUCGCGCAGUGGAAGUGAUAGCGUACAAACGCAACUGUCCGAGACGAGCCGGCAUCCGUUCGGUGGUGCGUACUGUACACUCAAGAGGAAGAAGCUGCAGUUGAAUCGAAAAUUUGUGGAAAGCUUUCUGGAAGAUCCAAAUGCGAAGGUGGUAGACUAUCUGUCCGAGUUGGAUGCGUACCUAGACGAGAUGGAUGGUGUGGAUGAUGAUGAUGUGUGUGGUGAAGUUGAUAGUGAAGGUGAUAGUGGAAAUGAAGAUCACUCUUCCCUGCGAGAGUCGUCAGAGCUGGACGGCAAAUGUCAAAGUGCAAGUGAAGAACCAGUUGGCGAUAGUUUAAAGUAUUACCAAACGCAGAUACGGCCUAGUGACGCUAGUGAGAGUGGUGUGACGUUAAACGAUGUUUAUCAGGAGGAUCGUAUAAAGUUUGGUGACAUCAAGCAUUUCUGUACGCUACCGAAACAGAAGCGUACCCAAUUUCUGAACGCGUUCAAGCGUGGUGCUUCCAUGCGUAGAUCGGUCGUUAGUCAACGGAAAGUGACCGAUGACUGUGAACGGCAUAUCCAGCAUCCAGACGAAAGCAGAAUGAUCGGGUGUGACAGAUCGGUUGAAACCAGGCAAAAUACUAAUGGCCAAACAUCGACCGCCACACUGCCCCGAUAUGGUCAAUCAUGGAACGAUGACGACGUUCCUCCACAUCAUCAUCCCAGCUGGCAUCGUCAUUCGAUGCGCAAGAAGCACCUGAUUGAAUUGCCCGAACAAGAGAUCAUCGAGCUCAAUCCGUCCGCAAAUGUAGCAGCAGCAGCAGCAGCAACACUAUCCAGUGUCGGUAGCAAUGAAUCUCUUUCAGGGAAUAAUGAAUUAUGCUCCAUUACUACCCUGCCAAUGGAUGAAGUACUACCGGCAACCCAAACAACUAGCGUAAUACCUUCGUUGGUAGUGGCGUUACCUCCAUCACCGGUACCAUAUGUCGAACGAACUGAUCGAGAACAGAUCGUAGCGUCCGCUCCACCUGCCUCGGUUUCAUCUUCACCCUCACCACAGCUGCUCGAAACCGAUCUGGAUGGGAUCGUGCAGGAGCGUCCACCGCGACAGGCAGGACGUCGGGCACAGUCACAGCCACGCAUCGGUUCAAUUACGGUUGUGCGGGAUGCAACCACGAACGAGCUCAUCAUACGUACGAACAGUGUGCCAGGGUCUCCUACGGCACCGCCAUUAGAGGACCUGAGACCAUCGCAUCAAGCCAAUCAUCACCAGCAUCGUCAACACCACGAUGGCCGCUAUACGGGCGAGUCGGAAGGUAGCUCGAUAGGCAGCUCACGGAAUCCGAGCCCGGUGUCGCUGCUAUCUACGACAACUACAUGUAGCUCGAUUGCAUCAGCUACUGAUAACGCGAUAACCGACAGGAUACACCGUACAUCGGAAGCACCGUGUGAUGGAUCUACGGAUAUCGGUUCCUUCUCGAGGAGCAGUGAUGUAAGGGAUGAUCUCAGCACCGUUGUUAGUUCGAUUCCCGCCCGUUCUUCUGUUAGCGGGCGAAGACUUCGUAACAGCUCAACCAACUCAACUGGACAAGGUACGCAGGUGGAAGAACCCUCGGGAGCUUCAUCCGGACCGGAAGAUCGUACUGUGACCGGCGAGGACGAAUCGGAAGCCGAUGCCAGCCCCCAGCGUAGCAGUAGCCGCCGUAGCGAUGGACGACCGAAAGCCCGUUGGCCGCACGCCAUCUCGCGCUCGCUAGCGACCACCUUCUGUACGCUUGGGCUGUUCAACAUCUCACGCUUUGCCGUGUUUAGCGUCCAUUUUGGGGCUAACUUUGUCGUGCAGUUUUUGAUCUUCUCGCUCCUGUUCGGCAUACCGAUGCUGUGGCUACAGAUGGUGCUUGGUGCACGGAUUCGCGGUGGCCCUGUUACGAUGUGGCGUAUCAGCCCUAUCUGCAAGGGCAUCGGAAUAGCGCUGCUAGUUGCGCAAGCCCUCAUCACCCUGUACUCGGCGAUCUCGCUUGCCUGGGUGCUGGUGUACUUCCGCGAUGCGUUCAUUAUGCGCGAAGAGAAGUAUCGCUGGCAGGAACCGUUCGAACCGUACCGUGGUGGUGUGGUGCAGGACAAUCAAUCCUACCGACUACCGGACACGGUGGCGGACUACUUUAACGGUGUGGUACUGCAACGCUACUAUCUCGCACAGCAGGCAUCAUCCAUUCCGGUCGGGUACGGUGGACGCAAUCUGCCACCAACACCGACGGCUUCCCGCACCAGCGGCAUUGGAGCGAUACGCUUUCAGCUCGCGUUCAAUAUGGCCAUCCUGUGGACGCUUGUGUUUGUAACACUCUGCCGUGGCAUACGCUCACUAGGGAAGAUCGUCAUUGGGGUGUUUCUUGGUGCGUUCGUUGCCCUAGCAACGGUUUGCGCAAAGUUCCUCACCUUCAUCAACUACGAUAGCGUGCAGAACAUUUUCCCGGCGACGGAUUGGCAGGACUUCUUUCUCAACUCCCGCAGCUGGACAAGUGCGGCCCAGGAAACCUUCCUAACGUGGGGCCUACUCGGGGUGUCCGUCUAUGCGAUUAACUGUCGAAGCAAUCGGAAGGGAAGCUGUAAUGCGCGAACGCGCCGAGAGUUGCGACGUGACGCGUUUCUGGUGGCGUUCAUCACCCUCACCGUGCUGAUGCUGGCCGCCGUACUGGGCAGUGCCUGUGUGCAGAUAUUGAACAGCCGUGGCUAUUACUACUUCCCAGGAUCGUACGAAAAUCUUGGCACAAACGUUUUCCUCCGGCCGGCCAAUCAACCGCUUCCGCCACAACACGCGACCAUGCCCAACCGGUGGCUGCUCCGCUAUUCGACCGUUGUUGGUGAAAGCUUUAAACGAUCGUACGCCGAUCCGAGCCGUGAAUCCGGCUACCAGGCACUGCGCCUCGUCACGGAACUAUUCCCGGCAGCACUCGCUGCAGCAACACCGGAGCACAUUGCGCCGAUCUGGGGUUUGGUCGGCUACAUGGCGCUAGUGCUGUUUGGUUUGGGACAGCUGUGCGUCAUGUGGAAACCGAUCGCUGGCGCUAUCGGUGAUGCACCGUCCUCCAUCUUGCUGAGCUGCGUGACGGGACUGCUGCUCGGGAUGCCACUAGCAACGGAAGGUGGCAUCAAUGUCGUGCAUUAUCUCGACACAAUUCUCGGUGCAGCCUGGUGGGUUCUGUUGCUCUGGAUCGGUCACAUCCUUGCAUUGUUCCUGGUUCGUGGUCGCCCAUUUACGAGUGACAUUCUAGUCAACGAUCUGCAGAUACUGCAAUCGUUUUCGGCAUUUGUAGCAUUCGCUUGGAACUUUCUGCUACCGAUUGGGCUUAUCUUCAUGUGCAUCAUCCAGUAUCGGUUGUCUAACAGUGCCGCUCUUUUCAACUGGUCAACGUCGACGAUAUCGUCAGCGGGAGCGAACAAUUACUGGCCGCUAUGGGCUCGCCAGGUUGGUGGCUUUGUGCAAGUUAGCUUUCUGCUGCUAGUUCCAAUCGUAAUGGUAAUACAAAUCUAUCGCUAUCUGUGCCGCGGUCCACCUGAUAUUCUGGACCGCGUAGAUUUACUACUAAGACCACCGAUAGAUGGCGAUACUAGCAACUCCAUCCGUAAUAUGCAUUCGCGCCGUGCAGCAGCAUCUUUGCCACUGCAGCAGGGCACUUCUGGUGCCGGUUCCGGUCGGGACGGUUCCGAACCGACCAUUACACUUUCAAUGGAUUCACGAUCGGUUCGUGACACCGAUGACGCACCCCCAAAGUAUACACCACCACCGUCUUAUACCACGGCCACCGGGGCACGCAUUGCUAAGCUGUUGCGCAACAGUAUCCGACGCAGUGUGCGUCGGCUAAUAGGAGAACCGAGCGGAAGUGCACCAUCUAUCCGACAGCGCACAGCACUGCCCCAGACGGCAGACAUCCAAGCUGCUAAUCCUUCUACGGGCGAUGAACUUCCACCGCCGGAUUAUUGUUCCGCCCUGCAGCAGUUCGGUGGUCCGUGUGUGAACACUGCAGGGGGACUCGAGCUAAGCCACCAUCCAGCAGCACCUCGCAUUCUCUACAAUUCGGCCACGCUGGGCAGCGGUCGACGGUAUCGAUCGCUUAAUGCAACGGGUGAUACAGCACAGGAGACAUCACACCAACCAAACUUCACAGCAUCCGAUGUGCGGCAGAUACUGCGACCGGGCACUAACCAAGUGACGGGACCGAACGGUGGCUCAUGCUUUACGCAAACGCUACGCAACACGCUGCUGCGCCGUGGGCACUCGAUGGAAAAUCUCGUCCUAGCCGCCGCUCCACUAGGGGAUUCGAGCAUUAUCACACUGCACGGCGAAGAUGACGAUGAAGACUUGUACGAUGAUGGUAAUCGAACACCGGGAACCAGAAGACGGGACGCCACAAUGGGACGUGAUUCGGUGAUAUAGAUGGAAUCGAACGAAUGGUUGCAAACAGGGGAGGGGAGACCUGUUUGAGAAAGAAAAAAACAAACAAACAAAAUACACUAAUCUGUGUAUGCUUGUGCAAAGAACAGCCGGUAGAAACUGUUGAGGAGAUUAUAGAUUACUUAUGUAAUGAGUAGAUAGUUGAUGCGUGCAGGGAAACCAUACCAAGGGGAAUGGUGCCAGCAUACGCUUUGUAGUAGAGUUAGCCCGUAAGACGAGCAUUUUCACACACAAAAAACGUGCUCAAACGAUAACGAUUUCUAAACUGUCCAUCUGCACCAAGUUGCUGUGGCUGGCUGCAUGUAGCAUUAGUUUAGUUCAGCUUGUACGAAAACAUCGUAGACGACGACAUCGCUGUGAGGAUUUUUUUCUUCUCUUUAAUAAUAAAAAACAUCGUUUAUUUAUUGGUUUCUUUAA